UUUUUUUAAUAUUGUAAAUAGUUCAAGUAUUCAAGAAUUCCAGUAAAUUACCGUGACUCUUUAAAAUUAAAAAAACAGUGAAGCAACUACAUUAACAGUAUCAAGCGUUAUUCAACGAAUUAGCAAAGAUUGUGCGCCUAACGAUCGAUAUUAACAUCUGCAGUAUGAGUGCGCGCGGCAAAUUGGCCUUGCCCAUGGUCAUGCCCAAUCCAGCAAGUAGUUUUAAUCGCAGCUUAGCAGAAGCGCCACGAGGCACCAGAUUGGCGACGCCGCUAUCAUCACACAGGACCGGAGCAGGUAGACGCACCGGCGGCGAUGGCGAUGGUGGCACCGCUGGCUGGAAGACAACAGAUGUGACGACCACAAGCCGGCUGACACUCACGGCACGGCUGGAGAAACCGACAAUUGCCUCGACACUGCGUGCGGCCAGCAAUCGGAGUAAGGUAAUGGCCCAAAAGGUGGCAACUCCUCGCAAGCAACGAGCACCAAUUGGUGGCGACAAGAAAGGUCCGGAUCGAUUGGUGUUGGGCCCCAUAUCGAAACAGGGUCCGCAACAAGGAAGAAAGGCAGCGGGCGGUGGUGCGCCGCUGAAGAAGGAAGUCCAAGUAGAUGUUCCGUACGAGGCCAGGCUGGAGAAGCAGCAAUUGCUGGAGAUGGGCGUGCAGACCAAUGAGGCGGAAAUACUUAACCGUGAACUGCUCGUUGGAGAUAUUAAGCUCCUGUUGCCAUCACCGCAGCUGGCCAAACAAAUUGACAGGGCACGCGCGGAGAGUAAGAAAAAAUUUGAUCGCCAAGCGUUACGUCAAUUUUCAUCGCACGAGCAGGAUGAGGAACAGCAUUUGGAUGAGCUCAAACAAUUCAUGGAGCGCAGCUAUGUGACCAGGCGUAUACCCAAGAAACCGCCAAUGCCCGUGCUGUCCAACUUUGAGCCAACCCGAUAUAAUACUGUAUUCAAGUCAAUGGAUGAGUUCUUUACACGCGACGUACCGAAGGCGGAGUCCAUCACAAACAUAAAGGAGCGCAUCAGGCGUAAGGAAGUGGAACUUAUGAGCAUGUUCGAUGAUGUAGAAGUUAGUGAAAAGGCCGAAUCCGAGUCCGAAGGCGAUUAAAUCAGAUCUCUUGUAUGUCAAUUAGAUGAAAAUGACAUGUUGAAACACAUAAAAAAUUUAAGUUAAA